CGUCACCACCACCAGCGUGCACCCAAAUACCCCACGACCUCCGCCCUUUUUCUUCUUCUUCCACCACGCUUGGUGCGCCGACCCACACCAUGGCCGCCGACAUCGCGACGCUGUCGACCCUGCUGGAGGCGAGCUUGGAUCCGCGGCAAAAUAAACAAGCCGAGGCUGCCAUCUCGCAGGAACAGAUCAAGCCGGGCUUCUCCCUCGCCCUCCUCCAGAUCGUCGCAAACAAUUCAUCCCCGCCCACGAUCCGCCUCUCGAGCGCGCUAUACUUCAAGAACUUCGUGAAGCGCAACUGGGUAGACGAGAAUGGCGCCUAUCUGCUGCCCGAGGACGAGGUCGUGGCUAUCAAGCGGGAGUUGAUCGGCCUCAUGGUUGCCGUGCCGCCAAAUCUGCAGGCCCAGCUUGGCGAGGCCAUCAGCGCCAUCGCGGACAGCGAUUUCUGGCAGCGAUGGGAUACCCUCGUGGACGACUUGAUCUCCAGGCUGACCCCCGACAAUGCCACGGUGAACAACGGCGUCCUGCGCGUCGCCCAUUCCAUCUUCAAACGGUGGAGACCGCUCUUCCGCUCCGACGACCUCUUCACCGAGAUCAACCACGUCCUGCAAAAGUUCAGCGCGCCUUUCCUCAACCUGCUCGAGAACACGGACCGCGUAAUAGGCAACUCGCAAAACAGCCCAGAAGCCCUCAAAGGCGCAUUCACGACGCUCGAGUUGAUCAUUAAGAUCUUCUACGACCUCUCAUGUCAGGACUUACCGCCCGUAUUCGAGGACAACAUCGCCGCCAUAUCGACCCUGCUUCACAAAUACCUGGUCUACGACAAUCCAGCCUUACACACAGAUGACGAGAGCGAGUCGGGGCCACUGGAGUACGUCAAGGCUGGUAUUUUUGAGGCCUUGAUGCUCUACGUUUCAAAGUAUGAGGACGUGUUUGGCCCACAGCUGCCCCAGUUCGUCGAGACUACGUGGAACUUCCUCAUGUCAGUCGGGUUGGAGACGAAAUAUGACAUCUUGGUCAGCAAGGCGCUCCAGUUCCUCACCCGCGUCGCUGGCACCCAGCACGCAGAAUCCUUCAAUAACCAACAGGUCCUGGUCCAGGUAAUCGAGAAGGUCGUCCUGCCGAAUCUAACCCUCCGAGAAUCCGACGUGGAGCUUUUCGAAGAUGAGCCCAUCGAAUUCAUCCGGAGAGACUUGGAGGGCUCUGACAACGACACGAGGCGACGCGCCGCCACCAAUUUCCUUCGCACCCUCAUGUCGCGCUACGAGACGCUAGUGACCAGUACCGCCCAAACCUACGUUGAUGCCUAUCUUCAGGACUACGCGAAGAAUCCCAAAGACAAUUGGAAGUCCAAGGAUACGGCCGUCUAUCUCUUCUCAGCCAUCGCCGCGAAGGGAACUGCCACCGCUACUCAGGGUGUCAUCAACAUCAAUCCCAACGUCGACAUUCUUGCGUUCUUCCAGAACAACAUUGCUGCCAACUUGGAGGGCGAGGACAUGUCGCCCAUCUUGAAGGUCGACUCCAUCAAGUUCCUCUACAACUUCAGAAACCAGCUGUCUCCCGAAUUGUGGAGGGCCGCGUUUCCGCUUCUCGUGAAGCACCUCACCAACUCCAACUACGUCAUCCACACGUACGCUGCCAUCGCCGCCGAGCGUGUUCUGUUCAUGACUGAUGACAAGCGGAAUCCUAUCAUACCAAAGGCGCAGGUCGUGGGUGUCUCGAAAGAUCUUCUGACGCAUCUAUUCAAACUCAUCACUAAAGAGUCCGCGCCGGAGAAGAUCCAAGAGAACGAGUUUCUGAUGAAGUGCGUGAUGAGAGUACUGAUCUUCAUCCGGGAAGGUGUACUCCCUAUAAGCGAGAUUGUUCUAAACAACUUCAUCAACAUACUCAAGGUCAUCAGGCACAAUCCCAGCAAUCCGCGGUUCUACUACUACCUAUUCGAAGGCCUUGGAGCGCUGAUAAGGUAUGCCGCCCCGACUCACAGCAGCGCAUUCGAAACUAAACUCUACAACCCGUUCUCGGCCAUUCUGUCGGAAGGCAUUGAGGAGUUUACUCCAUACGUGUUCCAGCUCUUCGCCGCGCUUUUGGAGGCAAACCCAUCCGGCGAGCUGACGAGCUACUAUCGGAGUCUCUUCGAAAUUAUCAUCCUUCCCGGUGUCUGGGAAGCUAGAGGCAAUGUCCCGGCCUUGGUCCGCUUGCUUACCGCCAUGAUACCCCGCGAUGUUCAAAACAUCGUCGCGAAGAACCAAGUCGAGCCGAUGCUGGGCAUUUUCCAGAAGCUCGUGUCGUCAAAGGCCAAUGAGAUCUACUCUUUUGAAUUGAUCGAAUCCAUCAUCACUUACGUCCCUCUUGAAGCGCUCCAGCCGUACUUCGUAACCAUUCUUCAGCUCAUGCUGACGCGGCUAUCAAAUAUGAAGACCGAAGUCUUCCAGCAACGCUUCGUCGCCUUCUACCACUUCAUCUCUGCUCGACAAGAUAGGGGACUUGGUGCGGACUUCUUCAUUGCCGUUAGCGACCAAGUCCAGCAUGAUGUCUUCAAAGCCAUCUACCUCACCAUCAUCCUCCCAGAGACGCAGAAACUCCCACGCCCUCUCGACCGCAAGACUGCCGUCGUCUCCUUCACGAAGACCCUCACCGACUCACAAGCCUUCGUCGACCGGUACCCUAAGGGCUGGAACCUCACCACUCAGCGCCUGAUCGAGCUCCUAGUCAACCCGCCCGUGCCGCCUGCGGCCGAUGACGUCAUCCCAGACGCAGACGUGGAUGAGCUCGGCUUCGGCGUGGGCUUCACGCAGCUCAACACGUGCAAAAAGCAGCCCAAGGAUCCCUUCCCGGAGAUCACGGACGUCAAGGGCUGGGUGGGGCAGUAUCUGAAGGAGGCGAAUACGAGGCAUAAUGGCAGGAUUGUGACAUUGGUGCAGGAGAGGCUGACGCCGGACGUGAAGCAGGCGUUGGCGAAGUAUUUGGAGUAGAGAAGGAUGCCAGCCUCCAAUGACGAACGUUGAGGCAUCAUUGAUUGUGUGCUUUUUUUCCUGAAUGAUAGGAUAGGAGGGAUUUGAUACCAGGCUGGAUUGCGCAGCGGAAAAGGGAGCUUGCGGUAGAUAGAUCGGUAGGAAUGGUAACCUAACGCUGUUAAGGCAUAUCAGCAGAAUUCGAGCAAGAUUCGAG